AUGUCGACCUCGGCCGAAGACUAUCUCGAACAAUUGGCGGCUCAGCUAACGCUUCCUGAGCAAGCUGCACUCGUCGCAGGCAAGUCACAGUGGCGCACUGCUGACAUCUCCAGGCUCGGUAUACCCAGUCUCAAGGUUUCGGAUGGACCCUCCGGGGCGAGGGGCGAGAUUUUCGGAGAAAAUGUUCCUGCUGCAUUUCUGCCCAGUGGUGUCAGUAUGGGUGCGACUUGGGACGUAGACUUGAUGUAUGAGAUGGGGAAAUUGCUAGGAAAUGAGUGCAAAACCAAGUCGGCUUCAGUGAGCCUGGCACCUACAAUGUGUAUCCACCGACAUCCUUUAGGCGGACGAAACUUUGAAAGUUAUUCUGAGGACCCGUUCCUUACGGGUAAGUUAGCUGCUGCCCACGUCCGUGGAAUACAGUCUCAAGGUGUAGGGGCUACCCCGAAGCAUUACGUUGCCAACGACCAAGAAACCAAGAGAUUUCAUGUCAAUGCAAUCAUACCUGACAGGGUCCUGCGAGAAAUCUAUCUUGCACCUUUUCAGGCUGUCGUCCGAGAAGCAGACCCGUGGUGCAUGAUGUCAGCAUAUAAUAAGAUCAACGGACAUCACGCUGAUAUGUCAAAACAACUUCUGCACGACAUUGCUCGCACCGAAUGGGGUUGGAAGGGAGUCUUCAUGAGCGACUGGGGAGGCACUAACUCGUGCAUCGAUUCUGUCAAUGCCGGACUGGAUCUUGAAAUGCCAGGCCCUCCUCUACAACGCACACCCGAAGCCAUGGCAAACUACAUUGCAACUGGGAAAAUCGACCGUGGAAAGCUCCACGAAUCCGCCAAACGUAUGCUUCACUUACUGCAACGUUCCGGGCGUUUUGAGGAUGCGAACGAUGACCCAGAAUAUUGUGACGACACACCUGAAAAGCGGGAGAAGCUACGGCGUGCCGCCGCUUCGGGGAUCGUUUUACUCAAGAACGAGAGCAAAAGUCUGCCAUUACGGAUUGAAAACCUCGGAAACGUUGCAGUCGUCGGACCCAACGCUGAGCGCGUGGUAGCUGGUGGCGGGGGUAGUUCAUACAUCAAAGCACCAUACUGGACAUCCGUCCUCACAUCAAUCAAAGAGAGGUUGAACAAAACAUCCGCCAAUGUUCAUUUCCACGUUGGCGCUAGAACGAAUCGCUAUCUUCCCACCAUGCCAUUGCAACAGACGAGAUCAGGAGCCACAGGAAAGCCUGGAGCCUCUAUUGAAUGCGAAGACCUGUACUUUGUAUCUUUCAACGACGCUCCGAAAGCUAUAGAUCCUGCUGAAAGUUUCGCUUUCGUCCUGCGCACAGUCCUUACCCCAAAAACGUCGGGAGACCACCGAGUGUCCUUAGCGAGUAUCGGACCAGCGAAAAUGUACAUCAAUGGUGAGCUCGUACUAGAGCAAUCUGGUGCAUUUGCGGAGAAAGGCAGUAUGUUUUUCACGUACGGCUCUGAGGAGAGGAUUGGGACGCACAACUUUGUAGAAAGCUGCGAUUACGACGUCGUUGUCGAAUGCCUCUCCCACGAUCGCCAUCUCCAGCAAGAGCUCAACGGCCGUCUGGAUCCUAUGGAAACCAACUUUCAAGGUGUACGCCUCGGAUACGAAGAGUUGGACAACUCUAAUCUUCCAGCGGACGCCGCUAAAAUGGCUUCUGACAAUGGCUGUGAUACUGCAAUCGUUGUUGUUGGUAGAGACAAAGAAUGGGAGACUGAAGGUCAAGAUAUCCCGAUUUUUGAGUUGCCAGGCGAACAGACCCGGCUCAUAACACUCAUGCGUUCCGUAUGCAAGAACGUCGUUGUUCUAGUUCAGGCCGGUACCCCAGUACAGAUGCUGCCCUGGCUUGACCAAGUCGAUGCCGUACUCUACUGCUGGUACCAAGGCCAGGAGCUGGGCAACGCGGCGGCUGAUGUCGUAUUCGGAGAUUUUAACCCAUCCGGCAGACUCCCUGUCACUUUCCCGCGACGCAUCGAAGACUGCCCCGCAUAUUCAAGCUUUCCGGGAGAACAACUCAGCAGCUACUACUCCGAAGGUCUGCAUGUUGGUUAUCGAUGGUGGGAUCUACUAGGUACACAACCGCUAUUUCCUAUUGGAUUCGGUCUCUCUUACUCAUCCUUCGAUAUCGAGGAUACCACACUAAGUGACAGUGUCUUUCCGCAGGACGGAAAGCCUCUGGUCCUGUCUGCUACUGUCCGGAAUGUAUCAAAAGAUGCUGAUUUGGCUUCUCGCGAAACGGUUAUCGUUUGGUUCUGGCAGACCUCUAAGACUCGCCUUGAAAGACCGCCUAAGCAGAUUUGUGGUUUUGCGAAGACGCCACCACUGGGUCCUGGUCAGACAUGCAAGAUCAAUGUCUAUAUCGAUGCAUAUGGACUCGGAAUCUGGGAUGUAGAACGGAAUGCAUGGUCAAUUGAUAGCGGCUCGCAGUUUGAGGUUGCGAUCAGCACGAGUAAGCUGGGAGUGCGAAGUGUCGGCAGAUUCGAGGUAGAAGAGGAGAUUUGUUUCGUGCACAAACUGGGAGACACUCAUACACGCCAAGAUAGCGAAGAGCUCUCCACGAACCCAGAAUUACAGCACACAGGCAGUAGAGCGGUUAUCUAG